AUGGCUGGCAGGAUAUGCCGCGUGCUGUGGAGGAGACGAGGGUUCGAGCCUGAGCAGCUGGAGAAAAGCAACUUGAGAAGAUGUCUCUCAGUAUGGGACCUGACCGCUCUGGGCGUGGGCAGUUCGCUGGGCGUGGGCGUGUACGUGCUUGUAGGCUCAGUGGCGUUGCACUUGGCUGGACCCUCCAUCGUGCUAUCCUUUCUGAUUGCUGCAGUCGCCGCGUUAUUUGCAGGAAUGUGUUACGCGGAAUUCGGUUCGAGAGUGCCAAAAGCGGGAUCAGCAUACAUUUACACGUACGUGACUGUGGGAGAAUUCGUAGCGUUCAUCAUCGGCUGGAAUAUGAUACUGGAGGCUGUGUUUGGUACAGCAAGCGUAGCCCGCGGUCUCAGCAUGUAUGUCGACUCUGUGACCAAUAGCUCGAUGUCGGCGUUCUUCACGUCGUUUGCGCCGAUUAAUUCCAUCCACUUUUCGCCAUACUUCGACUUCUUUUCCUUUUUCGUGGUCUUGCUUUUAGGGGUGCUGCUAGCUGUCGGCGUGCGCGAGUCAUCUGUCAUCAACAACUUGUUCACCGCCGUCAAUGUACUCGUCAUCCUGUUUAUUAUAUUCGCUGGGGCAUUUAAAGUGGAAACGAGCAACUGGAGUAUUCCGGCAGCGGAGGUGCCAGAGAACCGCGGUAAGGGAGGGUUCUUCCCCUACGGCGUGUGGGGGAUGCUGCGCGGUACGGCCGUCUGCUUCUAUGGGUUCGUGGGCUUUGAUAGCAUCAGCUCUACUGGGGAAGAGGUGAGAGACCCGCGCCGUUCUAUCCCCAUCGCUAUAAUGAGCACGCUAGUGAUAGUGUUCCUGGUGUACGCCGGCGUCGCCACCGUCGUCACCAUGAUGAUGCCCUACUACCUGCAGGAGACUGUAGCGUCCAUGGGGACCGCGUUCACGUACGUGGGAUGGGACUGGGCGCAGUGGAUAGUCACUGUCGGCGCCAUCGUCGGCAUAUCUGCUAGCCUAUACGGAGCCAUGUUUCCUCUGCCUCGGUUGCUUUACUCUAUGGCGUCCGAUGGCUUACUGUUCCACUGGUUAGCUAAAGUUAUAUCUACAAGGAAAACUCCGAUGAUUGCUACACUUUUUUCUGCAGUCAUUAUAGCAACAAUCGCCGCUGUCCUGGAGCUCAACGAGUUGAUCCUGAUGAUGUGUAUCGGCACGCUGCUGUCCUACACCAUCGUCGCGUCUUGUGUCAUAUUGCUAAGGUACCGCUCAAGUUCCAUCUCAACGGACACUGGUCUUAUGAAAUUGAUGCUGGGUAUAGGACAGAAAUCACCGACUAAAACCACAUCAUUUAUCAUCAACAUUACGCUUGUGCUAUUUAUAUGCACAUGUUUAUCGAACGCCCUAAUAGUCCACCAUGUGGAACAGCCAUUGAUAUAUAUGGGAGUGUUGCACGCUAUAGCGUUUCUUUUAAUCAUUAUCAUGGCAUUGCAGCCUCAAGUGAAAGAGGAAUUAAGUUUUAAGACUCCCCUAGUGCCUUUGGUGCCUUGCCUUAGUAUUUACGUCAAUAUUCACUUGAUGAUUCUGAUAAAAUUACAAACAUGGAUUCGUGUUUUUAUUUGGAUUGCGAUUGGCAUACCAGUUUACAUCUUAUGCGUGUGUUGUUACAAACGAAGGAUGAAUGAUGAUUCGGAUGAUAUAAAUAAGUCUAUACAGGCAGCUGUUAAUGGGAAGCCGCCAGUGCAAAUAUACGUGGUCUCACCAACGCCUCCUGAUACUAUCUCGCGUAGUAACAAAGGAGAUGACAGUUUGCAUCGAGAUGAUCGGAUAAGAGAAAUCAAACUGAAAGAAGAUUUUGUAAUUAGCAAAGUACCAUUUGUAACAGAAGAGCUAAUAAUUCAACAUGCGUAUUAUGAAGAUAACGAAGAAAAAGAAGCAAAAAUUAUAGAUUUACUAGAUCAAGUAUUGCAAGCUGAAGAAGAUUCUUACGGCGAAAUUGUUAGUUUGAAAGAACAAGAAGAGACCAAAAAUGAAGAUGUUAUUCUUGAACAAGAAACUCAUAGAAAGUCUCUAAGUGAAUUGUCUGACGCCGGUUCGGAUGCAUCUAUGGGUAAUCAAGUAUUAUCUAAAUAUGAUGUUAUUGUGCAAGUACAUAGAGAGGAUUUGCCAAAAGUUAAUGAAGAAGAAGAGAGAAGCGAUAAUGAAGUUAAUAUAGACGAAGAAAACGAAAUGAACGAUGUAGAUGAAGAUAUUACCGCAUUCAACGAUAGCGAUUCACGGACAGACGAAUCUGGUUAUUCAGAUACUAUUGACAAAAUGGCGUUAAAUGAAUCUUUAGACGAUUUAAAAGAUGAUGAACCUAAUAUUCCUCCUCCACCACCUCUGGACGAAAACUUUUUUACAAGUCCCACAUUCAAAAAAGCAUACACAAUAUCAGUAAGACCAUCUAAAAGUAAAAUUAUGGAUGAUGAGGAGAGAAAACCCCGAGAAAGUGUUUUAUCUAAUAAUUCCAUCGACGAUAGUCCAAUGAUUUUUGGAAGUGACAAACAAAUGAACUUCAUGUCAAAGCUAAACAACAUAUUUCAGAAUAAAAUAAUAUCGGGUAGUGAAGAUGAUACGCAUCGGCGAAGAUCUAACUCCACUGGAAACGUAGUAGAUAACACAGAUUUAGAAAUUCUACCAAGGCCAGUGAUGCUUUUAGAAUUAAAAAAAGAAAUUUUAUCUAGAGAAACAGCUCAAAACUUACGUCACGUUGAAGUGGAAGAUAGCAAAACAUCAGAUUCUGAUGAGGAGCAAGAUUCAAGUUUAAGUAGAGAAGAUUUAAAGUUAAAACUAGAAAACAUAUUUGCAGCGGGAGGGCCGCAGCCAAUGAAGAGUAGAUUAAUGAAAUCGAACCCUCCAACACCUGAAGAAGCGUAUCAAACUGACACAUCCAGUACUGAGAGUAUAUCGAAAUUGCCAAACAUGGAGAAAAAUGAUACGUUGAAAAGACAAAAAACUAAAUUUGGUGAUGUUUUAAAUUCACUUAAAAUGACUUUGAACAAAGAUGAGGUUGUG